AGACAGUCCCACAGGCCCGGAGGUGGAAGGAAACUCUUACACCCUAAAAGGGACCAAAUACUCACACCGUUUAAAAACACAUAACGAGAAUAAUGGACAUGCUGGAGGAAUUUGAGGAAGAGGAAGAACAGACUGAAGAUGCAGGAGAGAUCAAGAAGGGAAGACACAUAUCAUUUGUCAAUAAAGUUGAUCACCUGGACGCUUUGAUAACAGAUAUAGGUGUCAUGAACUGCCCACCAUCUUAUCAGGAAAACACGACCAAAGAACAAAUUAUGCUCCAAUAUGCUGAAAAUUUCAGGCAACAAUACGAAUAUCUGUAUCCUGACAGAAAGCCUCUGCUUCUCAGUCCACUCAAUGAAUGUAAAAUUCAGAAGUUUGUUAGCACCACUCUUCGCCCUACUUUAACGAACCACAAGGAACUAUACACUUGGAAAGGGUGUGCAGAGUUUGUUUCUGACUUUCUAAUAGUGGAUUCAUUAGAUCCUGUCACAGAUGUGCCAGAUUAUUUGUUUUCUCCAACCACUGUCCUGAAACAUCAAAAAGGAAACUGCUUUGACUUCAGCACCUUACUCUGUUCACUGCUGAUUGGUGUGGGAUACGAUGCAUACUGUGUCAGCGGAUAUGCUGUGAAAGAAAUGUGUUUGAUGGAUGAGACAAAGGAAAUCUGUCCACUACUACAAGAAGAUGAGAAAGAUAAAAAGGAAGAAGUAAUUCCACCCAUGAAGAAAUACGCAGUGAAACCAGUCCGAGUGUUACAGAGCAAAUUUGAAUUAAACCAGGAGGCUCGUAAACAGGCAGAGAAAAUAGCAGAAGAGGAAAAGAAACAAAGAGAUUUGGAGGAAAUGUCAAACCUGAAGAUGAAAGGUGCACGCGAUAGCAUGUACGGUCUGCGGGUCCACUGUUGGGUUCUAGUGCUUGCAGGCAAAAGAGAAGUCCCAGAGAAUUUCUUCAUUGACCCUUUCUCAGGAAAAAGCUAUCAAACUACUAAUGAAGGAUUCUUGGGGAUUGAAAGCAUCUGGAACCAUAAGAACUACUGGGUGAAUAUGCAGGACUGCAAAUAUGGUAUCAAGGAUGUAAUUUUUGACCUUGCUGACCCUGUAAGAUGGGAGUACAUGCUGCCGUCUGAAAAUCAAGAAAUUGUUAUGCCUAAUUCAUUUGACUCUCUUCUAGAGGAGGCGGAGGAUGAUGAUGAGAAAGAAGUGGAAAAGAUUUUUGAGAUGCCUCCAACAUGGGCUCAGCAAAUUGUUAUUCCUGCCAAAGACAUUGAGACACGUUGUCCAAAUGGUGAGAAGUUAAUUCAGUAUAAGAAGGUGAAUUUAGAAAAGUAUGCACCAUACUUGAACAUAGAUGGGAUGGUGAAGCGACUGAUUGAAUAUGAGGAUGAUGAAUGUACUACUUUUCUGAAGGUGACAGAGUGGUAUGCUAACAGAAAGGAUAUGCUGGAGAAAAUUGAACGUAACAUGAAAACUCAGACCAUUACAGAGCAUUUUAGAAAUGGCCGAACUCUGGCACUUAAAAAACAUGUCUACCGAUCUUCCGAGCCAGAGACCGAAAGGACAAUGACGUUCAAUGGUAAGCUUCGUGUGGAUGGGCUCAUGAGCAGAGUGGAAACCCCUACUGAGCUGAUAGAGCAGUUCAGCAACAGGCCAGAUUUCCUCAUUUACAGGAACACAGUAUUUGCCGGACGACAAAAGAAAGUGAAGCUCCCGGGAUCUUUUCACUCAAGCUACCGGACCAUUCUGAAAAUAACAGAACGCUUUGCCAGAAACAGAAAAAAGCUAGCCUACGAGGAUGUGGCAGAGCAAAUAUUCCUGAUUACUGCAGAGCAUAUCCAAGUGACAUAUCAUCGUGAGGAUGACAGGAUCACAUCGGUGAAGAGAGAGUUCAUCCUCCCACCAAACCUGAUUGAAAAGGAUGAUGAAGAGGUUAACAUGGACCAGAUUGUCAUGACUUUUGAGGUUGACCCUUUGGCAAAGCCAUGUAAAAAUGUGGUUCUGUAUCAGACAAUGAUGGAACUUCUGAGAACACAAGCUGCAUCAAUUCAAGCUGUCAGAGAUUCUGAACACGAGGUACGCGAAAUUUUGAAGGACAGAGCAGCAGAACGUAAGGCGAAUGAACUAUCCAUCUCGGUGUAUGACACAGAAAGAAAUGAGAAAGCUAAGGAAUACAGGCGAAAUCAGAUGCUUAGGGAGGAGGAGCAGCGGUCACGGCAGGCUGAGGAAGAGGUGGAUUACCUCGCACCAUUCCUUGCUCGUUUGGGACAGCCCAGAAAAAUCACCAGGAAGCUAGCCAUCAAGCUCCGCAAUGACUGUCUAGCAGACAUGAAGCAGAGGCUGAUUGAUAAAGCUAACAUCAUUCAAAAUCGGUUUGAGAAGGAGGCCUUAGAGCUCCAGAAUAAACAGCAAUGGUACCAGCAGAACCAGAUGUCUAUGACCAAGGAAGAUGAACAGGCUUAUUUGUCCUACUGCUCUGAGGCCAUGUUUCGAAUCCACAUCCUUGAAAUGCGCCUCAACAAGCACAAAGAGGCAGCACCAAACAAAUACCUGGACCUGGAUGACAAGAUUCGUAAAGACCCACGGUUGGCCAAGAAAUUAAGUGGUUGCUGAAUAUGUUAACUGCCCAUUACAGUGCAAAUAAUGUCUGGGGAAGAUGAUCUGACGUCCAGGAAUCUUGAAUGAAAUGUA